CAUCUGUCAACUGCUGAGCGUGCGUCGGUCGCGCCUGAGGUAUCAGCUGUCGUUGAAUCAUGUGUUUACGUGUUGUGGGUGUGUUGACUAGUUUGUUAUCAGCUUUUUCCAAAGUUUUGCUGAAAUGCGAAGACACCAUAUACAUUAAGUAAUUAUGGAUGAUGACAAUUACAGCAACGACGAACAGGAUGAAGAUUUGUCAGAGGAUGAAGAGGAACCGGAACCAAAGCUGCAGUACGAACGGCUCACGGGCGAUCUUCCUGGAAUCUUACGAAAUGACGCUGCCAGUUGCAUUGCAGUUCAUCCUAAGCUUCUCGCCUUGGGAAUGCAUUCUGGGGUUAUUUACAUCCUGGACCAUCAAGGAAAUAAUAGUCGAAAUGAUCAACUCAAACCGCAUACAAAGUCUCUGACACAGAUCAGCAUCGAUAAUUCGGGAGAGUACCUCGCGUCUUGUUCAAAUGAUGGAAAGGUAAUAGUGCAGGGACUUUACUCGCAUGAAAACAUUCAGACACUGACUUUGGAUUGCCCAGUGAGAGCUGUGGCUCUGGACCCAAGUUUCCAUCGCUUGAGUAGCAGGCGUUUUAUCAUCUGCACUGAUAAGGUUAUCCUGUAUGAAAGAACUUUUCUGCCCCGCUACAAGAACACUACCAUCUACCAAGGCGAGGGCACUGUUCACUGUGUCUCCUGGAAUGGACGCUUUGUGGCAUUUGCAACGGAUAUGACCACUGUGGUUUACGACAUGUACCAGCGUGACAUAACUUCCAAGAUCAAGAGGAGUCACGAUCCCAAGCUGAGCUCCGAUCUGUAUCGCUGUAGUCUCUCUUGGCAAGACUAUGAAACCCUUCUGGUCGGGUGGGCUGACACAGUCAAGGUGUGUAAGGUGAAGCCAUACAAAGGUACUGCACCACCGCCACCCGGAUGCUUGUCCGACUACUACGUUGAAAUAGUUUCCAUGUUUACCACGGACUUCUUCAUCGCUGGUCUGGCACCAUUGGGCACGGAUACGAUGGCAGCCCUCACCCUUCGUAAGGAUCAAGAGGAACAUACGGGAGGAAAUCGUCCGGAACUGCGGGUGCUGGAACCGCUCGUGGACGACUACACUGACCAGUCGAGUGAUAUUCUCACAGUUCGGGGCUUUGCAUCGUAUCACUGCGCUGAUUAUCAUCUGGAGUGUCUGCCGGAGGAGGGCUUGUUCUUCAUUGUCAGUCCGAGGGACGUCAUUGUAGCCAAACCUCGGGAUGAAGACGACCAUGUGGCUUGGUUGCUCGAGCACAACAAGUAUGAGGAGGCACUCGCAGCAGCUGCGUCUAGCCGAGCUUUGAUGCGCCAUACACUACGGGGCAUAGGGGAGGAGUAUAUAGUCCAUCUACUGUCGCAAAAAGCCUACGUGCGUGCAGCUGAGGUGUGCGCAUUAGCCUUGAGCCAAGACAAGGCGCUUUGGGAAGCCAACGUCUAUCGCUUUGCUCAGCACCGGCAGUUAAGAGCCCUCGCAGCGUACUUGCCCAAGGAUGAACCCCGCCUCGACCCCACUGCCUACGAGAUUGCCCUCAAUGAGUUUCUGCAGUUGGACCCACAGGGAUUCCUGGAUCUUGUGUCAAGAUGGAACUCUGACCUGUACAGCGUACAGACGGUGGUGAAUGCAGUACUGGACCGUCUGUCGUAUGAACCCACCUGCGUCCCAUUGUUGCAAGCUCUCGCCAAAUUGUACACCUAUCAAGCCAAGUUUGAUUUGGCCAUGAGCAUCUAUCUCAAGAUCGGGGCAUCGCAGGAAGUGUUUCAACUGGUGGAGAGUUACGGACUGUUUGACGCAGUUCAAGAGAAGCUCCUGACACUGAUGGAGUUGGAUACGGACAAGGCCAUCGCUCUGCUUCUGGACCAGGACAAUUUCCCCAUAUCGCACGUAGUCGAGAGGCUGCGAGAGCAAUCAAAACUUCUCUACUCUUACCUGGAUGCAGUGUUGACAAAGAAUCCAGCCACAUGCGACAGCUACCACAUGGAACUGGCCACCCUGUAUGCUGAGUUUGAUCCACCCAAGCUCCUUCCUCUGCUCCGGAGCUCCAACAAUUACCCGCUCGAGGAAGCGCUCCAUCUUUGUGAAAAAAAUGACCUAAUUCCGGAGGUCAUUUUUCUUCUUGGCAGAAUGGGCAAUACAAAACAAGCCCUGCAGCAUAUUAUGGAAAAGCUAUCAGAUGUGCAGCAAGCCAUCACCUUUUGCAAGGAAAACAAUGACAUUGACCUCUGGAAAGAUCUUAUUGCCUACUCACUGGACAAGCCACAUUUCAUCACCACGUUGCUGCACAGCAUCGGAACACAUGUGGAUCCCAUCCUACUGAUAAAGUGCAUUCCGAAAGGGCUGCAAAUCCCACAGCUAAGGGAUGCCUUGGUCAAGAUCCUUCGGGAUUAUAAUCUCCAGAUCUCCUUAAGGGAAGGCUGCAAGAAAAUUCUUGUGUCUGACUGCAUCACGCUUCUGAGCCGGCUCAAUCGACAACAGAGUCGCGCCAUCUUUGUAGAUGACAACCAGAUGUGUCCUGCUUGUGACAGGAAGCUACUCUGUAAAGUAGAUGACAUCGUCCUGUUCUUCUGCAAACACACUUUUCAUCGCAACUGCCUUCCUAUUCAUGGAAAUAGUGUCUGUACCAUUUGUAGCUUGGAAAAGUCUCGCUGGUUCGGCAGCUAAUCUCCUGUCCUUGGUAUUCUGUACAUAUAGGACAGGGCCGUUUUUACCAAUCAAUGGAAAUAAAAGUUGUAUUUGUGCAAAUUUAUUUAUCAAAACAUUUCAACAACGACAUGCUACUUGCAAAUACAUGAAUGACGAUGGAGACUCAGCUAGGAUGACUCAGAUCAGUCUGACCACUUCCCAAGGACAUCACUGUCCCUGAAGAUGUAGUAUUCCUGUGGAUGAAUAUGUCAAUUAACGGAGGAUUAAUAAAGAAUUUCGUACAGUUGUA